AACAACGACCAUGCGGAACUACAUGACACUCUCUUCUCGUCCCAUAACAUAGAGAACGUCGCUCUCGCAACAACAUGGGCGCCCGUCUCUCCCAACCCCGUGCUCCGGCCGGCACAACAGACUCAACCGUACCCGUCAAGGCCGGCCUCCCUCCCAACCCUCGUCCCCGCAUCAACAGUCGGACCAUCGUCGCUCCAGCGGCAGCUUUUACCAUGGCCAUCUUGCUCUUCGUCUACGCACGCACCAGCAUUCGCGCCGCCAAAGCCAAUGCGCAGCGCCAUCGAGAUGCAGACACGGGCGGCGGAGGCUUGAGUCUGUUGGCGGAGCAUCGACGACGGCAUGGCAAAGCGGAGAAGGUGGAGGGCACGGGAGGAGGCAUUGUAGCGGAGCUCGGCAGGGAAGUGUUCAAAGGAAGUGGUUCACAGGAAGAUAGCGUAGGGGAGAAGAGAAGCGGAGAAAAGGUCAAGAGUGGGAAGGAGGAGGAGGAGGACAAGUUGAAAGCUGUGAUGAGGCCGGGACGGAGAGGGCAGAGUGGUGGUAGUGGUGGCGAUGGUUGAAAGAGAGCGGCAAAGCAUGAGGAUUGGUCACUACCUAGAGAGUAUGGUUUUCAUGUGCAGCCCUCCUCGCAGCGGAAUCACGGAUAGGGAUCGCUCGAUUCUGACUGUCGCCAACACCUCACUGUCGGACCUCACUGGCGGACCUCACUGGCGCCAAUAUGGUCGCUAUCUUUGUAGCAAUACGCUCAGACUCCAUGUCUCGCGCUUACCUGCAACAUAGUAUAGACUGUUCGAGCUCAAAGCGUGUGUGCCAGAGAUCAAGGAAAGCAGUACCUCCUAGUAUACUGCGCUGUCGACGGCCAAGAUCGCCAGCAAGCCCAGCUGUCAGGAUUUGGGAGUACAUGGACGCUCGUGCGACAAUGUUACGUACUCUCGUUUUUGGUGCUACCAUCUCUACAUUUACUGGAACGGGAACAUGAGACGGACAUGUGUCUCUGCCCAAGAACAAACGCUUCAACCCCUUCUCCGCAUCUUCCUCUCACUCGUGCUUGUAAUCCCCAAACUCUGGGCCCAAGCGACGCUGGUGGAAUCAUACACCGCAGACGGAUGUCGCUUCUUGUCCGGACAAGGACCGCGGUCCGCAGUCACAUCUGUGGCAAUGGGUUCAUGGGCAGUCUUGCAGAAUUGUGCCGGCUGUCGUCGCUGGGCCUCUGCACACAUCUGCGUGACGACUCGAAAGUGUUCACACUGGACCCAGGUGAUCAUGUUGAUAUAGCACAUCUUGCCUAGGUGGGCUUCAGUCGGAGGCUUGAUAGGCUUGGUAGGCUUGGUGUAAUCCUCAGAUGGUCCCCGAUUGGAAUGCUUGGAGUUUUGGUUCUUAUAUACAACGCCAUGUACAGACUCUCACUGUCGUCGCCAUACUCACACUCCCCUUCAUUGCAUCCUCAUACGUGAUCCCACGGCCGAAGAAAC